AGCAGGGCCUCCUGCCGUCAGACGUCGUAGCGUAGGGUGUGCUGUAUCAAUAUAGGGUCAAGACAGGAACAAGUUGGCGGGUGGUGGUGACGGAAGACGGUGCUGAUCUUCCCGUAAUACGCGCGUACGCACGUCGGCCAUCCGCGAGUAAUGUCAACGUACAAAAAAAUCGUUCUGCGUGACUGACGAAAUGACCUUAACAGAUUACGCUUCGAGAAACAAAGGACCACCAGAAUGGAUCGAGGAAGAUCAGAUCGCGUCAGUUCAAGGACGUGUAGGCGAAGACAUCAUCGUUGAACUGAAAUUGGCUUCAUCCGAAAAUUAUGACGAUCUACGAUUUGAGUUAAUACGAGAUGGAGUACCAAUUUCAUCGGAUCGCUACCGGUUGUCAAUGCGUGGCAAUAUUGUGCAACUGGCCCUGAAACAAUCACAAAAGAAUGAUACGGGUUACUACUCCCUUGUAGCAACAAGGGUCGGACAAGAAAACGGCAAAGGGGCUUUAAAGAAAAUCCACUUGAGUGUCAGUGAAACGAGUUACGAAGAGGGCGAACCUCCUGUAUUUUUGAGAAGAUUGAGCGAUCUCGCAGUAAAGGUCGGCACUCGAACCAGAUUUUUGGUAGAAAUACGAAGUCCAACUACUUUGAAGAUAGCUUGGUACAAAGAUGACUCACCUAUUCAUGAAAGCCCCAGGUUCUCCCUCGUUCACGAGGGGAACUUUCACUGCGUCGACGUCGCGCCCGUCACGGUCGAAGAUCAAGGAUGCUGGACUUGCAUGGCGGAGAAUCGUAGCGGAAGAUCCUCGUGCACGUCCACGCUCACCGUUAUUGUUCCCAAGGCUUACAAAAGGCCGGAAUUUGUUGAAGAGCUACGCGCGUUGCUUACCGAAGCGGGUACCGUGUCGUUGGAGUGCAAGGUAGUCGGUGUACCCACGCCGGUACUAAGGUGGUUCAAAGACAAUAAGGAAAUCAAGGCGGGCGAUGUAUUUGCUUUAACUGCCAAUCCCGAUGAUCCGACUUCCCUCGGCGUGUACACCUGUGAAGCGGUCAACUGCAUGGGAACGGCCUAUUCCUCUUCGAAAGUUCACGUAGUUGGAAGGGGAAGUCGAGAAGGUUCAUUAAAACCAGCGGAUGCUUUGACACCGUCUGGACCACUUCCGGUAUUCAGACAGGCGUUGCAAGACGAAUGUUGCAGAAUCGGAGAUACCCUCGCGCUAUCUUGCCGCGUUCAAGUACCACCAUGGCCGAAGGCAAUCGCCUGGUACAACAAGGGAGGCCGCGUCGAGCCCAGCGAUAAAUAUCACAUAAUGGAGGACGGUAUUGGGGGAUACUCGAUCGAGGUGAAGCAAGUGGAAGCCGUAGAUGAGGGUGAAUGGAAGUGUGUUGCUACGAGCGAGGAGAACAUGAAGCAAUUCUCGAACUGUUAUGUGGCAAUGUCUAUUCCGAGAAACUACAGAAAACCACGUUUUAUGGAGAAUUUGAAAGCAGUCUUGACGGAAGAAGGUCUUGUCUCGUUCGAAUGCAAAGUUGUAGGUUUCCCGACGCCACUAUUGCGAUGGUUCAAAGACGGUCAGGAACUUAAGCCAGGAGACGUCUAUCAGUUAACUGGAACUAAUUCGUUAGGUUCUUAUUGCUGUAUUGCGAGGAACUGCAUGGGCGAAGCCAAAAGUACAGCUGAAUUAACUAUUGAGGAUAUACAGAAUCAGCUAAACGAAGAGGAACGUUUCCAGCUUUUGAGCACUAAUCAACCGCCGAAAUUUAUAAAAGGUCUCAGAAGUUGUGAGGCGAGAAUAAACGAAGAUUUUCGCUUCACAGUGCAAGUAAGUGUCGCGCCAGAACCAUGUCUUUCCUGGUACAGAGAUGACGCUUUAAUGGACGAAUCAGACAAGUAUCGCAUGCUGAAGGAAACCCUUGGCACGUGUCAUCUCGAUGUACAAAAGCUCGAAUUUGUGGAUCAAGCCGAAUGGAAAUGCGUAGCGGCGAACGACUAUGGCCAUAGCGUCACUUCCUGCUUUCUGAAGCUGAUCAUUCCCAAGCAUUAUAAAAAACCAAAGUUCCUUGAAAGUUUACGUGCGAUAUUGUCGGAGGAAGGCGCCGUGAAUCUGGAGUGUAAGGUUAUCGGUGUCCCGCAACCAGUCCUAAAAUGGUACAAAGAUAAUGUCGAGCUCAAGCCCGGCGAUAUACAUCGGAUCAUUUCUGGACAAGAUGGUACCUGUUGCUUAGGGACAUACACCUGCGAAGCUAUCAAUUGCAUGGGAACUGUCAGUAGUUCUGCAUCUUUAUUAGGUUUUGAAGAUAAAAAAUCUACAAAGGAGAUUCAGUCUCCAAAUGGUCAUGAACUGGCAAGAAAUCUAUCGCUGUCGACGAUACACGAGGAACGGACUUCUCAGUUGUACGAUACACCGCAAACCGAUCACUCUGUCACUUUGGACGAGCGAGGAGAGGUGUCCUUUAGCUUCGACGGUAAGGAAGUAUCAGUCAGUCUAUACGAAACGCCUGAUCUCACCGAGGAAGAAGCAUUGCAAAUUGUCGAAAUGUACGCUGAUCAGUUGUCCGAGCACGUAACAGAACAUAAUGUGAUUGAGUUGCCUCCAAUGAGAUUUGUCAAAGAAUCGUCUACGUCCGGUAAUUUGCUGAUGGAAGCCGUAGUGAUAGACGUAUCGCCCGAUUAUUUUGUCAGCGCGGAAGAUGGCGAUGAUUUGCGAACAGAGGCAGAUGUCGAGGAUGUUUCUAUCAUGGACGACGUGACGCACGUCUUAUCGUCACCUGAACGUGAUUCUCGAAGUUCUCUGAAGAGAUCGGCUCGAUACAACACGGACGAGGAGGAGAAAGCUCCAAAUAGGCCACCUCGAAAGAAGUCGAUGAGCAUUUCGUCGUCAAAAAGCGAAAAGAGCCAGCGGAUCGAAUCCGAGAGCUUCCACAGUGCUCAAAAGGAAGAGCCGCCGUUGUCGCCGCUUUCAUCUCUGAAACAGGAUGAUAGUGACACUUUCGCGGAUGCUCUGUCUUCCGCGCAUCUCUCUGUUACGGAGAAUCUGGUCCAGAAGCAUGUUGCGGCAGAAAAUAAUACGGCCGAUAGCAGAAAACGCAGUUUGAGCGCAGAACGAUCAAGUGGGUCCAGCUUGGACAACGGAGGUGGUGACUUCUCAUUCGAUGCAGUGACUGGUGCACCCAAGAAGAAGCAGCGCAAGAAAAAACAACGUAAGGAUAAAAGUAGUUCUGAAGAAUAUUUGGGUCCUAAUGGCUAUAAGAAAGAAGAAAUGGGAAGAGAAGAAGAAAGCGAAUUGGAAGAGAAACUUGAUAUAGAACCGAAACCGCACGAACGUAUAAUACCAGUUGAGGAAACAGAACCGGAUGUUAGAAACGAAACUACGCAAGAGGCGAUGAAGAAACUGGUCACCGAAGAAAAACCGUUAGAUGAUCUCGGAAGCAAGAAAGAAACCGCACCGGCAGUUUCAGAUUCUCUGAACAUUCAUGUUUCAGAAAUGAUUCAAAAAUCGAUGGAAGAUAUUCUUCAAGAAUCAAAAAUAAUCCUGCAUAAAGCUUUAAAAACAUGUGAAAAAAUGUCCGAUACCUCGGCGACGCAAUUAUUCAGUAUUUGUGAACGAUCCAACGACAUAUGUCAAAUGUUGGAAGCUUCGCGAGAAAAAGGCGCGGACAUUGAAGUCUUGAUGAAUCUCGAAGCACCUUUGCAUGCCUUAUUGACGACAAUCAAUGAGAUUACAAUAACGAAAGACGAAGAAAUCGUUCGCGAUAUUUUCGAACCAUCUCUCGUUCAGUUGUCACGUACUAUUGAAAAUUUGGAAUUUCCGUCGUUGCAACCUACGUUAACAAUCUUGAAGAAAAUCAAGGAGCGCAUUUGUACUCUCGGUGGAACGGAAGGUCUAUCCUCGGUAAAAUCAAUCUCCGAUGAAUUUCGAAAUAUAUCUGAAAAAAUUGUGGAUCCACUAAAUGACAUCCAAUCGACAUUCAGCGCGAUUUUAGAUCAUAUGGAACAAUCGAAACUUGCGAUAAAUGGUACCACCAGUCCGCAGCAACAAGUUUCAACGAUCUCAGCAUUCGCAACCUGUUUAGCGGAAUUGAGAGAAUGCGUGUCUCAUACGGCGCACACCGCGAUGACAUUAAAAGAGAACGAAACGCUGAACAGCUUGAUGGAAUUCCGAGAGCCUUUAUUGGAUCUUCAAUUAGUUUUAGCAUCGGAAGAACACGCUCCUCCCGAACUUUUAAUGAUAAAGGAAACAACGCUUGCUAUUGAAAGAUUGCAGAGCGUUGUUGUGACUAUACUGAAGAACUCUGGGAACCUCGAAGCGAUCUCGCGAGUGGGAACAAUUCUCAAAAGUUUGGAAGACACCGACAGACAAAUAUCAGAAUUGAUGGAACGAUUGUCAGAGGCGGAAGUUGCUCAGGAGUACAUGUUAAAGAACCUGAAUAUUGACGAAAGUUUAAGUAACGUACAUUUCGCGCUCUCAUCGGUUUUGGAGAAGCAAGAAAAGCACAUAGCCUCGUGUAAUUUAAUCACGUGCAUUGAAGGGCUACGUCAAACAAUUGGUUCCUCAGCUGUUACAAUCGCCAAUCUGGAGAAUCCGGUCGACAACGCGAUAUCUCGGGAGAUAAGCAAAUUGAACGAAUCGUUAUUAAAUCUACAGAGAGAUUUAUUAACUGAAAAGCAUGAACCCGGUGAGGAGCAAAUUUUGAAUAACUUGAUGGGUCCCAUUGCUAGACUAAAAGAGAUAGUUGGCAGCGUGAUUGAAAGCGGUUCCUCGGUCGAAUUGAUGAUACCUAUGUUGGAGCUGUUAAAGGAAAUAGAAAAGGACGCAGCUCUUGUAGCAAAAGAAAUAUCGAAGAAGAAAUCUCAAGAAGAAAAUGUCGCAAAAUCUCAAAAAGAAAGUACGGAAGGUAAAUUAGAAGAAAGAGAGGAGAAAAUCUCAAAAUCCGUUCUAGCUGAUCAAAUUAACCGUUCCUUAGAUCCAAUCAAACACUGGUUAUCUACUACAUCCGAAGACAGCACAAAAGAAGAAGUGGAAUCUAUAUUGAGUUUGACAAUCGACGAUUUGAAGAGACAUGUGAGUCAGAUCGCAAUUCAAACAUCAUACUCCGAACCGCCAAAUGAUGAAAGUCUGAUUGAAGCGCUGAUUGAUCUUCGAGAGCCGCUAAUUAGGCUUAAAAACGCGAUUUCAGUGUAUCACGGACCGGAAGAUCUUUCAGCUUUAGAGAACUUAGGUUAUCCUAUGGAACAUCUCCUGCAAACUAUUAUGGACGUUCUUCGCGUACACGCAGAAGAAGAAUCUUUACAACCAAUAGUAGACAUCGUCAAACAAAUUGAGAAUCAAAUAUCACUCUCAAUCAAGGAUGCUCUUCACCAGCAAGAACUUAAACAGUCUGCAAAGGCACUUAACAUGGAAACAGAGGAAGAAGAAGAAGAAGCUAUUACAGUAUCUCGAGAAACAAUUCCAGGCACUCUUACGGAGAUUCCAUCCACACCGUUAGAAAUCGGAUCCGCUGCAUUGUCUACUGAGCAAGUUAUGACUGAGGACAAUUUCAAAACAAUUGACAAAACAACUGACUAUAUGGCGCCAGAUGUCACGCCAGAAAUCAUGAACAAUGAACAGCAAGAAAGAGAAGAGAAUGCAAGCAAAUUAAUUAUGAUCUUGUCAGAAACGUUAGAGAUACUUCAAAUGGAGAUGACUAGUAUCCUGGAGGAUUUCGAGGAAUCAACAGCGCCAAUUACUACGAUCCCUCAAUCGAAAUUAGCCAAUUCUCUUGAAGAAUUGAGAAGAACUACUUCCACGAUACGCGUGAUGACUACCGUUUACGGCGAAGAAAGUACGUCACUCGAAGAAAAAAUCGAUCAGGCAACUUUGGUGCUAACUAAUCUAAUGCAACCAUUGACGAGCAUACGAGAGCUGCUUUCGAAAUCGCAGGAACAUGAGAUCUCGGAACUCAUGAUAUUGAAUCGGUUAACUCCGUUGCUAGACACAACAGAAAACAGCUUGAUAAAACAAACGAUCGAUUUCGUUGGUAAAGACGGGGAUGCAGAAAAGGAGCUCGAAUCUCUUUUGUGUGUAAUACAAGAGAUCAAAGCGGAGGUCCCGAUUGCGAUUCAGGAUAUAUCAUCCAGACGAAAAGUUUUGGAAUGUCUUUGGGACAUUUCAAAACCUUUGGAGAGCAUCUUGGGACGUAUGAACGAUUUGAAAGAAGCCGUGGAGGAGACUCUUGAAACGGAUGUCGCAAAAAUUUUAGGACAGCCAACUGCUGCUCUUUUGAGAGAUAUUAAAGCAGCUACGCAAGAGUCAGGUAUGUUGUGUCAACGAGGGCCGGUGAUUCGUGAAUUGCGAGAUCUUCUCGAACCUCUGCUAGAAUUCCAUAGCUGCUUAUCAAUGGUGCAGAGUAGUCGAAGAAGUUUGGUUCCGGAAGCAUCUUUAUUGGACGAAAGGAGAAGCGUUAUCCUACGAGCAGUAGAAGGUCUACAAAAACAAGUUUGUCACACUAUCGAAGCAAUCGAGAAUAUGGAGGAAGCCACCUUAUUCAAGGAAUCCUUGACGUUGUUGAAUUCUGCGAUUCUGCAGGUACAAAAACAAAUCGGGAAGACUGAUUAUUCGCGCCGAUCCAGCAGCGUUAAGUUUCCUCUACAGCAUCGACUUACCGGCACGUUAAGUCGCUUAGCAAGCGCUAUAACAGCCUUGGAGGAACACGCUGACAAAGAUACGCACGGAAUAGUGUCCAAAUACUUGGAAGCGUUGCAGAAACAAAUUUCCUUUGCGCAAAUGCAAUUUAUUCAAAUUGGCAAUGAGUCGACUGACGAAGAAGCGAUAGUGGAAGGCUUCCUUUAUCCGAUUAAUCAGCUUUUGUCGGCAUUAAACAUUCUUAAAGUGAACGUGCAGAAAGUACCUAUGACUAUUUCGCAUGAAUUAAUAGUUCAGCUUCAAGAACUCGCCGAUUCUAUCUCAGAAUUCAGUUCCUCCUUAUCGACGCAUAGAGUAGAACUUGCUCAAGAGGCUUCCGAAACAGCGCCGAUUAUAGAAACCUUUUCUGCCGUUAUAGACGUACUGGAUCACGUAAAAGAUUCGAUCGUAGCUAUAGAAAAGAUGAUCGAAGCCGAAAAGAGAGAAAGCAUGGUUAUAACAAAGGUAGAAAGUGUCACCGAUGAGAUCAUUGAAGUAUCACAAGAAGAAGUCGAGAGCGUCAUGAUCACGGAGAUGCCACCAUCUAGUGCGAUAGCUCAAGAGGUUGUUCAACCAGAGGUUGAAGAUACAUCUGUAACGACACAAAUAUCAAUUUUAGAAAAUGUAGAAACGAUAACUCGUUCUGAAAAAAUGGAAGAGGAAAAUCUGGAGGAUAUAAAAAAGCGCGAGGAAGAUCGCCAGGAAAAUGAGAGACGAAAAGACCUAAUGAUUCAGAUGUCGAAGUUUAAUUCUGUGAUAAGCAACUUAACACAGCCAUUAAAAGAACUCAUUCAUUUCAUGCAAUCUGCUGUGCAAGUAUUGCCAGCUUCAAAAUCCGAAGAGAACAAGCGAAAAAUACAAGAGCUAACGGCAUUGGUGCAGAUUCUUUACGAUAUACAAGCUACGAAUACCUCUAUCAAGGCGACAUUAUCUUCCUUAUCUAUUACAGUAUUAGACAGUCAAUUUUCUCGUAUAGGAAAUAUACUUGCUGACUUGGAACAUACUAUUGAUACAGUUAUUUCUUUGACUGAUGAAGGAGUAAAACCAGAAUUAAAGGAGAGCAUUAUGACGUCUUUGCAAUCUUUUGCCGAGCCUUUAGAUAAUCUCGAAAAUGUAUUGGCGUCUGUAUGUGAAACAAUUGAUAAAGAUAAACUCGUCACCGAAAACGGAGAGUCGUUGUCUGCAAUUGUAAAAAAUUUGAUACCAUACAUUAGUGAUACCGUUAAAUCUCUACAUGCGAUUCAAAUCCCAGAAUGCGUUAAAAUGGCCGCGGAAAAAGAAACGGAGAUGUCAAAGAUAAAGGAAGAAACGAAGGACAUCGAAGAAACAACUGCGCGACCGCUCGAGGAACUUAUAGAAGCCAUUAUGGAUUCUCAGGAACAAGUAGAAGACAAGGCUUCGUUAAUUAAAUCUAGUUCGCCUGUUAUGACUCCAACUAAAUCAGAAGAUAUUGAUAAUUUAAAACAAACGGAAACAGAAUCAGAUAAGACACUCGCUAAAGAAGCGGAUAGUUCAGUGGGACAAGUCGAAACAUGUGUCGCAGAUGCAGCAGGGACGCUGCAACAAGCGUUAACAUCUUCAUUAGAAUAUAACCAGAUGGAGGAAUUAUUUAUUGAAGAAAAAGCUGUAAUACAAUCGGUAGCAGAACCCAUGGAAAUAGUUGAGGAACAAAGUCUGGCGAUGAUUGAUCAAGCGAAAAUAGAAUUAAUUCAAUCAUCUAAAGACAAUAUAACGUCGGAAGAGCAAGUAAAAGUUGAAACUUUGCGAGCAAUUAUUUCUCCUCUUCAAAUAUUACAUGCAUCAUUCGAUGAAAUUGGAGACUUAGAAAUUUUGAAAUCGUCUGACGAGACAACGAUCGCUUUUUCGUCUCUGAUCGAACCAUUGCUAAAUUUAGAGCUUGCAAUGCCAUCCGAAGAUACGGAAGAGUUAAAGCAAGACGUGACAACGAUACAAAAGCUUUCUGCCCUAUGCGUUGUGGAAGAACUGCAAAAAUCAUUCGCCGUAAUUGAAGAACAAGUACAACUUAACAUUGCAGCCGAAACUUUAAAUAGAACGCCUAAGAUGAAUUUGAUGUAUGCUAUCAAGACACCAUUAAAAGACUUAAAGAUGUCCAUUGAAUGCAUCCAAUCUGAUCCAGAGACUUGUCAACUUAUUCAGCAGCAGGCGAUAUUUCCAACCACUAAGCAGAUUGCAGUUUUGCAAACUCUUGCCAAAUCAGUGGAGGAAUUUGGAGAAAGAUUUAUAGCCAUUAUUCGGCAACUAAAAACAGAAGCAGAACCCAUGCUAUCGUCGCAAGUUGCCAAACAAGAGAACGAAACAUUAGAUCCGAAAGUUCUACACGAGAUCAUUGAUCCAAUUCACGUUUUACGGGAAACACUCACUCAUAUCGAGGAUCUCAAUGUUCAUAAAGUCGAAUUAUUAGAAAUGCCGGAGAAGAAAAGCGAAGUUGUUCAAUUGAGUGCAGUGACUCAUCCUUUAGAAAAAUUAGAGCAAUUACUAAUCGCAAGUACGCAGCAGACUAUGAUUGUGGAGGAGGAAGCUCCGAAAGAAUUUAGCGAAAAUCAAGUUCGAUUAGCGAAUGCGAAUCUGAAACCUGUGCUAGAAGAGCUAAAGAAUUCGAUCAUUGUGGUGCAGCAACAAGCAGCCUCGAGUGAAGAUGUUUCUGCAAAAACGUUAAACGAAGCGCUGGAAGGCUUGAAAAUGCCAUUAGAAGCUAUUGAAACAGUCAUCGAUUGUUUUGACGAAACUACCGAAAUGGAAAAAAUGUCAACUUUAUUAACAUUUGCAAAAUCAGUGAAAGAAACGGCAAAUCAACUCACAACUAUAGGAAAGGAAGAGGUUGCUCAACCAGAAAUUCGGGAAGCUUCUCUGUUAAAAGCAGUGACUAUUUCAAUUGAAGGAUUGCAGAGCGCAAUACUGAAACUCGAAGACGAAAUAUCUCAAGCCUUGGAAACGAAAGAGUCGAUAAAAGUCAUCGCUUUGGAAUGUAUGGUGCAGCCACUGCAAGAGCUGCAGCAGUCUUUCUUGACUGCAGCUCAUCAAGAAACCGUUCUAUCAUUGCAACGAUUACCAAUCAAACCAAUAUUGGACAAUUUAAAUAAAUCUGUGGCAAUGAUUCAGGAUCAAGUUACGAGUGUUCAGGAUAAAUUACUCGUGGAAGCGGAUACGGACGAUAUGACGGUGUUGAAGGAUUUCACGAGAUCACUCGGAAAUUUAAGGACAUCGACAGUAGUUCUGCAGCAGCUGAACGCAAUAGAAAACGCUGGUGAACAGAUCGUGGAAAUAGAAAAUGCGUCCGCGUUGCAAGCAUUUGCGAAGUCUAUCGGAGAAUUCAAGAAAUGUUGUUCUGUUAUUAUCACGCGACCAAGAGUUAUCGAAGCGUUUGCGACAAGUGCAGAACUUAAGCAAACUAAAGUGGACACGCAACUUCUCGAAAAUAUAAUCACGCCUUUGCGGAUAUUACAAGAACAGAUCUUAAUUAUCGAAGAAACGAAGAUGCAGGAAACCGAGAAUUUACAUAUCACGGACGAGAGGAAGCCAACAACAGUAUUGAGCAGUCUAGUUGGCCCCUUGCAGCAACUUGAGAAAUCUUUUGUCGCAACGGUACAAAAGGAGCAUGUGAUCGAGCACGACGGACACAGUUUGACGCCUGAACCGCUUUCUGUGAGUCUAGAAAAGCUUGAUCUGCAACCCAUCCUCCAAGAGGUACAGAAAUCCAUCGCUAUUGUUCAAGAGCACAUGGUAUUAGAAGCAGGAAGUCAGAUCGCGUUAGAAACAGAAGCUGAUGCUUUGCUGAAAUCGAUCGCGCAGCCUCUAGUAGAUUUGAGAGCUUCUGUCGCGUCUAUCCAGCAGGCAACUGCAGUUGCGCCUGAAUCGCUGAAUGAACUCACACAACAACAAAGUGUUUCAGCGUUGGAAACGUUCGCCGAGAACCUGCAUAACUUGUCGGAAUGUAUAGCAAUGUGCAAUCAUCAACAGAUAAUCAUGGAACCCGCGGCGGACACCAUCUCUGAAGAUGUUUCAUCUUUGAAUACGUGGGCAGACGUAAUCGAGGAGCCCCUUUCAAAAGUGACACGUCCAAUGGUCGUCGAUCAGGGCGCAAUCGACUCUCCAACUGAGAUCGCAGUGUCAAUCUCGGAAGACGAAGCUUCCGCGUUGAAAACGCUAGCAAAACCGCUGACCGAAUUACGGGAAUGCUUAGCCUUAAUGGUCGAGGAACGUAAGACAGUUGCGCCGAGUGAAACAACGUCUUCUUUAUCGGAAAAAGAGAAUAUCUCAUCGCUACAAACAAUGAUACAGCCUUUGUUGGAGUUGCGAGAUGCAGCUGCGAUAGUGAUCCAAGAACAAACGGCUAUCGAACGCGCUAAUGAUCAUUCAUUUACCACUGAUGGUAAGAACGAGUUUGCUCUUCGUCCUUUGAUAGAACCAUUGGAAGAACUGCGUCAUUCUAUUGCGAUAAUACAAGAUCAAAUGUUGAUUGAAACGCCACCGACGCAUCAGCAAAAGGACAUCAUACUAGACACAUUGGCUGAACCACUGUUUGAUCUGCAACGUGCUAUAUCCGUUUUAGAGACACGAGUGAUGUCGCCAGAUAUCGAGUCAAUGGUCGAGGAUAUGAGCAACAGCUGGAUUACAGAAUGUUUAGCGAUUCCUUUACAUGAAAUAGAGAGGUCGAUAGUUGACAUCCGGCAGUGCACCGUGACAGAACCCGUAAUUGCAAUUGUGGACGAGCAUAGCGGAACAUUAAGACCAGACUGGUCUAUCGUCGAAAAACUAGUGACACCAAUGGAAGGCAUUAAAUCGACUAUAUUACGCAUAGAAAAUGAUUCUACAGAGAUUGAAGCUCUCAAAACAAUGAUAGAACCACUUUCUAGUAUACAGAAAAAUCUGACACUGUUAAGAAAUGAGUCUGAUUUGAACGGUGUUAACAAGGAAGACACCAUCAAUGCUUUUGUUGAAUCUUUUUCUGACCUCGAGACAUCCAUUUCACUUUUUGAAAAAGAAGUUGUCGAUAAACCGUUUUCGGAGCAACAAGUUACGACAAAUCUAAGUUCACCAUUAACCGAGUUGAAACGUUCCAUUGAGAUCGCGAAAAAAUCGCCUGGUGUACAUCUACAGGAUUUGGAGAGACCAUUAGAGCUCGUACAAAAUGCACUUGAAACAGUCUUGUCUAUACAACGAACUAAGAAACUUUCUGAAUUGUCGACAAAAUUACAAAACGUUAUUUCAGAUACUAACGAGUCCAUUGAAUCCAUUGAACGUAAACUGGAUCAACAAGAGGAACCUGUCGUUGUGGAAGUUUAUAUUGAAUACGAGGCACUAGGAAUGUUAACAAAACCUUUACAGAAUAUUAAGCAGUGUAUCGCGCAAAUUCAGAAGGAACCGAAUACUGAUUUAAUAAAUAAUGCUCUUCGGAAUCUCGAGAAAUCUAUAGCCAUAGUACGCGAGCAAUCAGCCGAUAAACCAUUAGCAGAACCACAGUAUACGAAUCUGAGUGCUGUGACAGGAUUGUCGAAAAGUUUAUUCCCAUGCUUAAACGAAUUGCAAGAAUCGAUAAAUGUGAUAAAAGCAUUAUGGCACGAGAAAACAAUGCUAGAAGGAUUAACAAUCCUCGAGGAACCGCUUUGUAACUUGCAAGCUGUAAUGAAAAUUAUCUGUGAUCAAUUCUCAGUAGGAGAAACAAUAUGGGUAAUAGAUAAAACAAAGAUAAAACCUCCAAAGAAAUUUAUAAAGGAAGAGAUAAAAGAUUCUGGAAUUCAAGUUAAAAAAGAUGAUAGUAUAAAUGAAAAGACAAAAACAGAUGUACAAGAAACUGAGUUGGCACAAGAUAAAGAUUUAUCGACAGUAGAUAAUAAGGCAAAACAUACAGAGGCUGAGGAGAAAUUAAAGAAUAAAAAAGGAAAACUAACAGAAAAGAAAGAGAGAGAAAAGAAAGAUAAAAAGAUAGCGGAAGAACAAAAAAUUGAUAAAGAUGGAAAAGAAGAGAAACAAGAAAAAGAAUAUAAAGAAGUAGAAAAACAUGAGAAAGAGAAAGAUCAAAUACAAAAUGAAAACGAGAAACAGGAAAAAUCAGAAAUAGUUAAAGAAACAGAAAAAGUAGAAGAAAAACAGCAAAAGAGAAAGGAAAUAAAACAAGUACAAAAGAAAGAAGCAGAAAAUAAAGAAGAUGUAAAAGAUAAUAAAAUAAAGCAAGAUAACAAGGAUCAUGAGAAAAUAGAAAAAGCUAAAAGUAUGGAAAAAGAGGAAAAACCAGAAGAGGUAAUACAAAUUAGAAAACAAGAUGAAGUAGACGUAGUUAAUAAUAAAAACGAAAUAGAAGAACCUAAGAAGAUUAUUGAUGAUAUUAAAAAGGAAGAAGAUAAGCAAAAAGAUAAAGAUCAUGAAAAGAUAGAAGAGAAAGAGGAAACCGAACGAAAAGAAGAACAAAAGACUGAAGAAAUAGGAAACGUAAAAGAUUCAAGAGACAUAAAAGAAGACAAAACAAAAAGUGUACUAAAAGAUAAAAAGAAAAAGAAAACUGAAGAAAAGGAAGAGCAAAAGACUAAACAAACAGAAAAAGCAAAAGAUGUAAAAGAAAACAACACACAAAGCGCAAGAGACGAGAAAAAGAAAGAUAAAAUUGAAAGUGUUAAAAAAGAUGAAGAACAACAAGCGGAAGAACUAAAGAAAAAAGAGAAGGAGCAGAAAGGAAUUGCAGGAGAAAAAGAAAAAAUAGAAAAGAUAGAAAAAGUGGAAGACAAGAAGAAGGCUAAUGAAUUAGAAAAUAAAAAAAAGGAAUCUAAUAAAGAGAAACAGCUUACAGAGAAGAUUAAAAAAGAAAAAGAGAAAGUUCUCAAAGAUGAUGAAAAGUUAGAGAAAGAACAAGACAGUAUUAAGAAUAAGGAGCCUGCUGUAUCAAUAAUAAAAGAUAAAGACUUUCAGGAAAAUGAAGAAAAAAUUGACCAAUUAAAAAAAGAAGAAAUAAAGAAAAAGGAAGAGGAACAGAAAAAAACAAUCGCAGUAGAGCAAGAAAAAGAAGAAGAAAGCGAAAAAGUUGAAAUAAAAAAGCUUGAUGAAUUAGAAAUUAAAAAAGAAGAAUCAAAUAAAGAGAAGCAGCUCUCAGAAAAGAUUAAAAAAGAAGAACAAAAGAAAAAGGAUGAAGUUAAAAAAUUAGAAAAAGCAGAUGAGGGACAAAAAGAAACAAUUCAAGCUGAAGGAGUAAAAAUAGUGGACGAUGAACAAGUAAAAGCUAAAAAGGAUAUACAAGAAAGUAAGAAAAAGUCUACGCAGAAAAAAGAUAAACAAGAAGAUAAAAAAGCAGAGAAAACAAGCGGACAACAAGAAAAGAAACAGGAAAUUGUGCAAGUGGAAGAAAAGAUACAAGAAACGCAAAAUGAAUAUGUAAGUAAUAUAAAGAACGAAAUUGAUGAAGACAAGAGCAAACAGCAAUUUGAAGAAACGAAUGAAAAUCAACAGCAAGAAGAAGGUGCACGUAUAAAACAAACUCAAGAAGAUAAAAUAGAUAAGAAAAUUCAAAAACAAUCAAGAGAGGAUGAAGAUCUACGUUCAAAAACGAAGAAAGUUCAAGAAGAGCAAACACUCGACAGAAAGCUACGCAAACAACAGGAGGAGAAAGAAUAUCACUUUGAAAAAAUAGAAAAAUCGAGAAGAGAAGAAAAGCAAAGACAAUGGAGGCCACAGGAUGACAAAGAUCGGUUGCAAGAAAGAAUCUUUACAAAGGAAAAGGAACAAGACAAAAUUGAUAAAUAUAGAAAGAGUAUACAGAAAGAAGAAAAUGAUCGUCAGACGAGAAAUGAUAAUAAGAAAUUCUAUGAAAUUGAAAUAGAGAGCUUGCAGAAGAAAAGAGUCGUAGACUCUUCUCAAAUUAGAAAAGGAGAAACUGACUAUGAGGCAGAAGAAAGAAGAAGAGACGAAAAAAGGAUUAGGAGAGAUGAGACUGCUAGAUUACAAUGGGAAGAAGAACAAAGAUUACGAAGAAGACAUGACGAGGAAAUAUUCAGGAAUAAGCGGAGAAGGGAGGAGCAAAUAAGGGAGAAUGAAUGGUCCAGAAGACGUGAAAACGAAUCCGAUCGUUUUCUCAAGAACAUGUUAGAGCCUAAAAGCAAACUCGAUAAAUCGAUUGCGAUAAAUCGAUUGUUCUCCGACAUUAAUUAUCCACGAGAAUACACUUCUCGCUUUGAUUCCGGUAUAUCAACGCUUUCCAGCAGCUCCAGAUCGUACAGCAGUAAGGACUCUUUGUCCUCACUGAGUAGAAGAAGACUCGACGAUUAUUGGGAUCAUAAAUUACGUGGUUUUUCCAUGGACAAAUAUUAUUAUGAUACUGGACCAUCAUACAGGAGGCGCAGGAAAAGAGAAAAUCGUAUGAUUCGCGCAAGAUCGACUAGUUUGCUGAGGUAUGAAGAUUAUUCGACUGAAGACAGCGAUGUCACCAUUGUACCUAGCACGUACGCUCGACCUACCAGACGGACAAAAACGGAGACCACCUCGCGUGUCAACUUUGACAUUUACGAGUCUGCUCCGUGCAUUUAUAGUAGUCAAAAUGAGGGACUUUCGUGGGACAAACCUAAGAAGCCAUCAUUUUGCACAAGAUUAACGAACAGAGUUGUUGAGACCGGCAUGAGAAUAAGACUGACCUGCACCGUUCUCGGUAAUCCGGAACCACGUGUUUAUUGGACCAAAGAUGGCGAAAAAUUGGAUGCAUCAACCAGUUGUUGCAAAACGCGAUACGAGAACGGUAUGGCCUAUUUGGAGUUAUAUGAUACAGUCCCCGAAGAUGCCGGAAUCUACACAUGUAUAGCUGAGAACGUUCAUGGCACUUCGAGUACCGAGUCCACCUUAAAAGUUUAUUCCGAUUACAAGCCUACGCACAUGCCACCAACUUUUGUAAGAUCAAUCACAGAUAUUUAUCGAUAUGCAGACCGCAAGCUGAUUCUAGAAUGUCGGGUACGAGCACAUCCAAUUCCUUCGGUCUCCUGGCUGAGGAACGGGCAGAUUCUACAAGGGCAGCGUUACAAGCAGAGCUAUCUUGACGAUGAUGUCCAUCGAUUGGAAAUAACAGAUCCUAAUAUCGCGGAUAACGGGCAAUAUACGUGCCGCGCAACGAACGACUUACGUACCGAAGAGAUAUCUCACAUGGUUUAUAUCGAAGAUCGAGAUUGGCAGCCUGCGAGCCGAAACGAUCGAAGUUUGAGCGAUGAAACUCGAUUCGAAGUUGCACGACGACCACAAUUCUCCAACUUGUUGAAAGAUUAUUGUGUACCUACUGGUGGAACAAUCGCCCUACAAGUAGAAGUCAAGGGUGUACCAACUCCGGAAGUGAAGUGGUUACGCGGUGAUCAAAGGGAGCCGAUCGCGAUACCAAAAGCAAGAACCUUUACCGAGCGUGGAUUGCACACGUUAAUUGUACCGGAAGCGACAGAAUCAGAAAGGGGUACAUAUGUGUGUAGAGCAAUCAACGCUUAUGGACAAGUGGAUAUGAGUGCAAUGGUGGACGUAGUAUCAGCAAGCGCCAUUGAUGGAGGAAAACCGGCAGUAUUUGUUUCGAGACCGGCCAAAAAAUCGAUCGACGUUACUGUUGGCGAGGAUGUUAGUAUUUCCUUCCGAGUCCAAGGAGUCCCCAAGCCGCGUGUAACGUGGAUGAAGGGAUUAACGGAUAUUACGGAUGGACCGAGAUCAUACAAGGAGAGCAUUGAUGAUUAUGUCAGAUUAAUAUUAAAAAGAGUUGUACCUUCUGACGAGGGUACUUACUGCAUUUUAGUUAAGAAUAGAUAUGGUUGCGACAGAAGUUUCUUCUCGAUCAAGGUAAAACAACGUGCAAGAUCAUUAACUCCUUCGCCAGAUUGGAACUCUGUUACUGAGACAGUAGAGGACCGCGAUGAUGACAUGUCUUAUGUGAGAAAUGUACCCGGUCCGAUUAGUAGUGAACCCGUUGUUAUUGAUGGUGGAAAAAAUUGGUUGUCACUAAGUUGGGGUAAAGCGGAAAGAAGGGGACCCGCGCCAGUGAUUGCUUACAAAGUCGACGCUUGGCUCUUAGGCGGUGACGGAGGUGCACGAUGGGUAGAGUUGGGUAUUACACCGAUCAACGCGUUCGAUGCGUUCAAUUUGCGGCCAGGCGGAGAAUACAAGUUCCGCGUGACUCCGCGAAAUCGUUAUGGUUGGGGCGAACCGGUUACCAUGACGAGCUCGGCGUUAGUGAGCGAGAACACCGAUCUUCCGGAAUUCACCAAAAUUCUUCCAGGUCAAUUGAAAGCCCUCGAGGGAACGCCGAUAGAAUUAGAAUGCGAGGUUCGUGGAGAUUCCAAGACGGAAGUGCGAUGGUACCGCGAAACAACAGAGAUAGACCCGCACGGUGAUUCACGAUUCUCGAUACGUCACGAUGGUUCUAAAUGUUCCUUAACGAUUGCAAACGUCAAAGAGAAUGAUUCUGGAAGAUACGUUUGUGAAGCGAACAAUAAAAUCGGUAGAGUCUCCUCGUUUGCUAGGGUCCUCGUUGUUACCGAUCCAAAAAUCAUCGAAGCUGACGCAAAACUUAGAAAUGUGAACGCCGAAUCUGAGGAUAGACCACCGCAAUUCACGAUGAGAAUACGCGACAGACGAGUGCAGACGACGUACCCGGUGAGGCUUACCUGUCAAGUCACCGGACAUCCUGUGCCAGAGAUUAUGUGGUAUAAGAACGAUGUGGAAAUCUCUCAAGAUGAUCGCCACAUCUUCUGGGACGACGACUCAAACUUCCACACUUUGGAGAUCAUUCAUUCCACCCUCGACGACUCCGGAUGCUACAUGGCAACAGCGAGAAACGUAAAUGGCUCGGUGUCUUGUCGAUGCAUCCUCGUAGUAGACAAGGGAAUUCGCGCCUACAUCGCUCCGGAAUUCCUACGUGGCCUCGAUGCGGCUUACACGAUCCCCUUGGGCGGUGAAUUACGGAUGUCCGCGCAACUUGAGGCUUACCCAAGUGUCGGUGUGGUCUGGCAUCGCGAUGGUAUUCGUCUGCGACCUAGCAGAAGGGCCAUAAUGACGUUAAGCCACGACGGCACUGUUCAAUUUUGUCUGGCUAACGUCACCGCUCGAGACGCUGGAGUUUACACCUGCACGGCGACUAAUGCUGUCGGUCAUGCCGAAACAUCGACCAGAAUGGCUGUCAUCACUGACGUGGUCCAAGAUCAGUUCUUCGCUGAUGGGCCCGCCAACGUUACAAGCGCAUCUCCAGAUAUACCGUACUCGAAGGAACCUCUUUUCGUUACGAAACCGUUAUCUACCGAAGCAGUCGAGGGCGAUACGGUCGUCAUACUGUGCGAGGUGGUCGGAGAUCCUAAGCCAGAAGUGAUAUGGUUGCGCGAUUUUCUCAAGCCUGACUAUUACAGGGACGCACCUCACUUCCGCCUAGUGGGUGCAGGGCCACAGUACCGAUUGGAGAUUCCUUACGCCAAGCUCGACUUCACCGGAACGUACUCCGUGAUAGCCCGCAACUGCCAUGGAGAGGCAAAGGCUGUGAUUUCUUUGCAGAUCUACGCUAAAGGCCAGGGCAAGGAAGAACAAACGCAAAAGUCUCAAGGCAAGGUGCUGACCCUGCCGAUCAUAAAGAGGGAACUGCGGGACAUUAGGUGUUGCGACGGCGACGCUGUUUCUCUCGAGUGCAAAGUUUACGCCACGCCGGAACCGCCUUUAAUUCGCUGGGAGCGCGGAGGCAAGAUUAUAGCUAUGGUGGGCGACUUUGCCAGCGAAUUUGACGGUGAAACGGCGCGGUUAAGCAUCCAGCACGUCUAUCCCGAGGAUGAGGAAGAGUACACGUGUGUAGCUUACAACGACCUUGGAAAAGCUUAUACAUCAGCCUGCCUGGUCGUUGAUGUGCCCGAAGGGAAGGAGAAUAUACUGAGCCAGAGAUUAACGAGGCCGGUAGGUUUGCUGUCAGCGGGCUCGACGCCGAGAUCAACACCGCGAUCGACGCCGAUCAGAAGUUUAUCGCCGACAGUUUCGCAUGGCCGUGAAUUUAGAUCGCCGCAGGUUCUGUCGCGAAGCAGCCCAUCAAGGCGACCGAAGGUCUGUCCACCGAAAUUUUACGCGGUGCCGCACAAUCGUUUGGUCCAAGAAGGCGAGACGGUACGCUUCCAAUGCGCCGUUAUCGGCCAUCCCGCACCUUGGAUAAGGUGGGACAAGAAUAGCACCAUCGUAACGCCAAGUGCGAGGAUCUCCAUCAAGGAACGGGACGACGUUAAGAUACUCGAGAUCGUCGACGUAAUGCGGGAGGAUGCUGCUCUCUACAGGGUGACGGCGGAGAACGACUUUGGUCGGAUUGAAGCCAGCGCUCGUCUCGAAAUAAUAAGUCGACACGAACCGACAAGUCGGACUAUCAGAACCAGAAGCGCCUCACCCAGAACCUACCCUUCGUUCGAUCGAAGCCUCCUCCCGACAACGAGCAGACUAAACAGCCGCUUACAGUUGGAGUGCCGCAUAAGAGGGACUCCGGGCGUGACACCAACAUGGUACAGGAACGGGCGGCCAUUAGAACGAUCCGCGCGAAUAAAAAGACACUUCGACGGCACAACAGCCAAAAUCGAAAUAACGAAAGUGAAAGCUAGCGACGCGGGUGAAUACACUUGCGUGGCGACCAAUGUCCUUGGGUCAACGAGGAGUAGCUGUCAGGUGACUGUACUGGAUCCCCAUGAUUCUGCUGUCACGGACAGGAGCGCACCGCGAUUCGUGCAAUCGCUACGGGAAGAAUCGAUCGUUAUGGAAAAUCAUUCGUAUGAAUUGCAGACCGGAGUCAUAGGCACGCCUCCAUUCACGGUCACUUGGUCCAAAGAUGGCCGCGAAUUACCAGACAAUGAUUAUUAUAAAUACGUCGUGUACGGAGAUGGUGGCGUUGCACUCAGAUUAUCUGAAGUUCGACCGCAGGAUGCUGGUGAAUAUGUCUGCGUAGUGCAAAAUGAUUUUGGUGUUGCGUCCUGUAGUGGGCUUUUCGCUGUGCAAGAUUACAAAGAUGUUUCCAAAUUAGUGCCUCAAUUCACAAAGACUCCGUUAUCAGUUACCGUCGCUAAAGGCACUACCGCAUGUUUCUGCGCUCGAGUGCAAUGUGGAAGGACUAUGGAAAUUAUAUGGACAAUUAAUAGAAAAGACGCCCGUGAAAAUGCAAAGUGUAAAAUCGCAAAAGACGGAAACGUCAGUAUCUUAAGAAUAAGCGGCGUGUCAGCACGCGACACGGGUGAGAUUCGGUGCACAGCUUCCGUGAACGGAAAGGGUCCAUCUAUUAGCUGCGUCGCCAAGUUGCGAUUGCAGCGAUCGCCAUACAAUCUCACUGAAUAUGCGACGAAGCCCGAAGACAUCCAGUUUCCAGCACAAUCCAAGCUGUCGCCGACGAAUACUAAACCCACAAUUAUGCCGGAAAAAGUUGCAGCGCUGUCAUCACUGAAACGUCGACGAAGAUGCGAAGAAUCGGCAACGCGUACAAGAUCAUCUUCGUUUCCGCGGCCGACUGCAUCGUGCAUCAAACACAUUUCUCCUUUGCCGACAAGAAAACGCAUUUCCAACAAUACUUUGAGUGAUUUGAGUAUUCGGAAACCGCGAUUUGGGAACGAUCCGUCGACGCGAAGAAUCGUAGAGAAAGAUCUAGACGGUAACGUGGAACUUGCAAAAGACAAAAGUUCAUCGUUACACGAGAAAGAUGCAAUUGACAGUUUACCAUCAUCAGCAGAAACGGAGCGACUCUCUCCUCGGGACACUGGCGUCAUAUCGAACGAAAAGUAUGCGGAAUCAGGUUUAGAAGAGGAGUUGACAAAAGCUGCGAUCAUAAAAGAGCCAACUGACGUCACCGUAUUUAGAGGAAGCAAGGCGGUGCUGAGAGCCGCUUAUCUAGGAUGCCCCGAACCGAUGGUCAAGUGGCUCCGAGUGAAUCGCGAACUACGGCCGGACGGGAAGGUCGGGAUAGCCAGCGGAAACGGCGUGUCUUGCUUGACACUUGAUGACGUAACGUACGAUCACGCUGGAAAAUACGAGAUCUCCGUGGAGAAUUCACUGGGCAAGGAACGACGAUUCUUCAGUUUGGCCGUCGAAGGUCCACCCGAGCCACUCACGGACAAACCAAGUGUAAGUCUCAGCACCGGACGGGCCACGAUCGUUUGGCGAUCGCCACCUUACGACGGAGGCCGCACAGUGAUCGGUUAUACUGUGGAAGCGAAACGCACCAGUGAAAGCACGUGGAUGGUAAUCGCUGAGCGUUGUCAUUCGCUGAGUCACACGAUAUCGACAAUUGGAAAUUCCGUGGUGCCGGGUGAGAGUUAUUGUUUCCGCAUUCGAGCUGAGAACAUCCACGGACUCAGCGAUCCGGGCAUGGAAUCCGAUCCCGUCAGAAUACCAAAGGAAGGAGAAAUAAUGUUCCACGACGAAGAAGAAGACGAAUUCGAACCGAGCUUCGAAGCUCGCGUGGUAAAUCCGGAAGAAGGACGACUCUUUGCUGAGAGAUAUGACGUUCUUGAAGAGCUGGGUAAAGGACGAUACGGUAUAGUAAAAAAAGUGAUUGAACGAGCGACGGGCAUGACACUUGCUGCAAAAUUUGUCAGAACGAUUAAGGCGAAGGAUCGUGCGCAAGUGCGUGAAGAAAUCAAAAUUAUGAACGCACUGAGACAUCCUAAACUUUUGUUAUUGGCUGCUGCUUAUGAAAGUCCUCGUGAAACCGUGCUUAUCACGGAGUACAUUUCAGGUGGAGAACUGUUCGAAAGAGUAGUUGCCGACGAUUUCACAUUAACGGAGAGAGACAGUAUCCUUUUUAUGAGACAAAUUUGCCAAGGAGUUGAGUACAUGCACAAGAACAAUAUCGUACAUCUAGAUCUGAAACCGGAGAACGUAAUGUGCCGUACGCGAACUUCUCAUCAGAUUAAACUGAUCGAUUUCGGAUUGGCUCAGACUUUGAAAUCCGACACACCGGUCAGAGUACUUUUUGGCACGCCAGAAUUUGUUCCACCGGAAAUCAUAAGCUACGAGCCCAUUGGCACUCAGUCAGACAUGUGGAGUGUCGGCGUAAUUUGUUACGUUCUACUGACCGGACUGUCGCCAUUCAUGGGAGAUAACGAUGCCGAGACAUUUGCCAACAUCACUCGAGCGGAUUACGAUCUGGAAGACGAAGCUUUCGACGCCGUCUCGAAUGACGCCAAGGACUUCAUUAGCGGCUUGCUCAUUAAGCGAAAGGAAUUACGCAUGUCGGCAACGCAAUGUCUGGAACAUUCGUGGAUGGCGCAACACGCCGCAGCUACGAGUAAAGUAGUUUUGCCAACAGAAAAGCUGAAGAAGUUCAUUAUACGAAGGAAGUGGCAAAAAACAGGAAACGCCAUUCGCGCAUUGGGAAGAAUGGCGAUCCUUUCAGCAUACAGCAGACGCAGUCCCACACCCACAGCAGAGUCAUCGCCUACGCUCGAGCACCAGAUGGAUAGCAUUGAGAUGCAGUAUUCCGAGAAUAGCACAAACUCGGACUACAUCGAUGAAAAUGUGCAACAUGUCGAGAAGAGCGCAGAAAGCGAUAUUGCAAAACCCGAAUGCCGAACAAACUUACGUUCUGCCACGUGUGUAACAGAGAUAAAUAUGCAGAUACAAGGAACACCGACAGAGGAAAAUAACUUGCGUGACUCUGUAGAGCGGAUUGACACGGAGAAGGAAGAAAUUUCUACGUUAGAUGCUGAAUUAAUCUCAGAGAAAGGCACUCCGCGAACUUCCACGGUACAUCUUGAGAUUUUACUCUCGAGGAAGAACAAGGAAAGUGAAGAGCUUACCGAAAAAUCGUCGAAAAUGGAACAGUGUGUAACGUCAAAAUCACAAACACCGCGCAAGGUGUUUCGAGGUGAUUCGCGCGAUUCGGGAAUCGGUGAUUGUAGUUCGACGAACCAGUUGAUUUCUUCGUUGCAAGUAGACGAACUCGGAAUAGUGUCCACUAUCGAAGAAGAAGUAGAUCAUGAGGCACACAAUCGCGAAAGUGAACAUACAAAACAAACUACCGUGAAAAAUCGACUAAGUUCGACAACAGGGAUCCUAGUAAGUUUGACACAGAAUAAAGAAAUCCCUCUCCAUGAAACAGGAAGUACCACGUGCGAUGGCAAGGUAGUUACCAAGAAUGGUGUGACUAAAACUUCGUGUGAAACUAAUCCCAUGCGGAAAGCUACCAACGAGAAUACGGACGCAAGGAUACUAAGUGGCCGCUACCGUGAUAAGUUCCUUCCAACCGGAAACGUGAGUCGCACGGCCAGAAUAUUCGAGAGGGAAAGCGGAACAUCAAAAUCGGAAAGCUCGCAGAUCCCCGCGGCGCAACGCGCAUAUCCCGCCGCGAUAGUCGUGGGAAAGGCGCACAACGAAAGGAUACAGAAAGCCUUCGCAUUCUGGAACAAAUGAAAAAAUAUCUUUUGAAAAGCACAUCGAACGAGCUACGAACCGAAACGAAUAGAUGCUUUUAUCGUGUUUAAGAGGGAUGGAAAUGCGUUUACGAAACUUCAUGGAUAUGUAGAGGAAGAUUGCUGUUUAGGCACACAAGAUAUGCAGUUCGUUGAAUCCGUAGUUGAGAUAUACUUGCUCGUCCUUAUAUUCGAAAAUAAAAUAUUUUAUCAGUUGCAUUAACACACAGGUCGUGCCGAUCUAAUCAGAGAGACCUAACGAUAAAACCAGCGAUCAUUCCCAUGAAUUUUUGCAUACAACAGUUUGCAAUGUUUGUUGACUGCACGUCGUAAAGUCUGCAGAAAGAUUUGGUUCUAAGAAUCCUUCUACGUUACAACCCGCUUAUUAAAUCUCUUUUAUAAAUGCCGUAAUCACACUCACAAGUAGGGAAAGCUGCUUUUGCUGCGAUGCAGACACGUAAUAUCGUUAUUUAAGUUGUGAACGUACUUUCGGGGCAUAGAUCUGUGUCAUAUGAUCAAUGCUUUAGUCAGGUAUAUCUUGUGGAUAAGACGCAGGUAUAUGUUUAAGAAACAUGUACAUAAUGAAACGAAGAUAUUUCGCGAACAAUUGGUUGUAUUACAUCUAGUUCACAUGCGUACAAAACUGUACAUGAAAUUCGAAAUUAUUAUUGAGUGUAUCCCAACAACUGUAUUGUACAGAUAAAACGGGCAGCAGUUGUAUUACUAUCGUAAAUUAUUUACAUAGAAAAAUAAAGGAUACAUAUCUACCUAAA